CGGCCGCGGGCUUGGCACGGGGCGCCUGGGGCCUGGAGGGGGCGCCGCGCGGCGGAGGAGACGGCGGGAGACCGCGCCGGGCAGGUUUCUGGAACAGACCUAGAGCUUCACCAAGAGAAUUCAACUUGGAAACCAAGACUGGUAGACUCUCAUAUCUUCCAACAAGAGGCAGAAGUCAGAAAGAGACUGCAGAUUCUUGGGACACCUGUUUUCCUUUUGGAGGACACUAAGUUCUUUGAGAAGACAAGCAGUUCAAUAUGGCAACCGAACUGAAAGAACAGGAAGGAACCAUUACUGUGAUUUGGUGACGGUUCUUCAAACGACAAGUGUCUUAAGAAAAACUGGAUAAAGAACUUCUGAACUUUUUGGGUUCAUUAAGUGAGGAGUCAGCAUGGCUCAGGUAAAAAGCUCUAGCGUCCUCCUCCAAGACCAUUCACUGGGAAGCCUGUUUGCAGUGUCACUCUUGAAUUCUGCCUUAGUCAACAGUAUUGACCGUCCCCAGUGAGCCGAGCUCUGUAUUAAGCACCAGGGGGAGAUCUAGAGGAAGGAAAGGAGACAGGCCACAGCCCCUGCCUUCAGGGAGCUUCCAGUCAAAUGAAGGAGGAAUUUUAUUGAGCUCCUGUUACAUGCAAGGCAUUGUGCUUGGAAUACAAAGAUGAAUAAGAUUGUCCUUGUCCCCACUUACUCCAUCGCAUUGUGCUCACUGUUCUGAAAAGGUUGCUUCUCCCAAGCAUUGACUUUGUGCUUGGCACUAAGCAUUUUACAUCCCUCUCUCGUUCUCCUUGGCCCUGUGAAGGCAAGUCUUCUGGCUUGUGAAGGCCUAGCAGGUGUGAGUUUGGUUCCCACUGCAGCCAACAAGAAGAUGAUGCUGAGCCAGAUUGCCAGCAAGCAGGCCGAAAAUGGCGAGCGGGCAGGUAGCCCUGAUGUGCUGAGGUGCUCAAGUCAGAUGGACUGUAAGCCUAGAUUUGAUUUGUCUUCAAAGAGCCACCGAAAAGACAGUGAUAAAUCCCGCAACCGCAAAGAUGAUGACAGCUUGGCUGAGGCCUCUCAUUCAAAAAAGACUGUUAAAAAGGUGGUGGUAGUGGAACAAAAUGGCUCUUUUCAAGUAAAGAUUCCCAAAAAUUUUAUUUGUGAACACUGCUUUGGAGCCUUUCGGAGCAGUUACCACCUCAAGAGGCACGUCCUUAUCCACACUGGUGAGAAACCGUUUGAGUGUGAUGUCUGUGAUAUGCGUUUCAUCCAGAAGUACCAUCUCGAACGCCACAAGCGGGUACACAGUGGCGAAAAGCCUUACCAGUGUGAACGAUGUCAUCAGUGUUUUUCUCGGACAGACCGAUUACUCAGACACAAACGGAUGUGCCAAGGAUGCCAGUCCAAGACUUCUGAUGGGCAGUUUUCUCUAUAGGCACGAGGGGCCCUAGGUGGUGGGAGUGCUGAGGAGAGUCUCCAGAAGAGCAUGGCCCCGUGCUCCGACGGUCUCACCACCGCUUCCUCUGAACCUGUCCCCCUUCCUAGAGGACUGGUCCCAGGUGAGCAGAAGAGCAUCAGAGGACCCCAGCUCCAGAGCCUCAGCUCUGUAACUCGCCUGAGACCACGAGUAUCCUGGGACUCCUGCAGCAUUCCUGGGCAAGGGAGCUGGUCCCCAAACCUCAGCUGAGGUGAGGUGGGGACUCAGAGGUGCAGGACCAAGACUGAAAUGUUCCCACAACCUUGGACUGGAACUGGCAGCUAAAAUGGAAAGAACAAGGGAGAGGUAUUUGUUCUGCUCUUGUUUUUGUUUAUCCAAAAGCAAUUUCAGCAGGUAAACCAGGGAUACAGGAAAUGUGGAGAGGAAGAUCCUGAAGCACAGCCAGGACUGUGGCUGGUCCAGUCAUUUCUGUCACCAUAGUCCCUUGGUGUUCCACAGCCCUUACUUCCUCUUUGAAAGCAAACAGGACGGGGCUGGCAGCUGGGCGUCCUUGGACUUCUUACACACUGUGAAGACAACAGGAGAAACUGGGAAGGACAGUGGGCUGGACAAGAAGAGUAGGCACACCUUUCCUCAUCUCAAGAAGAGCAGUGUUGUGUCACGGGUGUUCCUGUGGUUUGUGUAGCCAUGGGACCUGAUGGGUCAGCUCAAGUGCCUUGUGGAGGAGGCUUGGGUGGCGUGGCCCACGCAGCCCUUCCCUCUGGGCACUUGGUCUUGGUUGUGGUUUGUGGCUACCUCGCUUGUCCUUGACUCCAGAAUCCAGGCAGAGUUGAGCAGGGAAUUGUGGGUGUCAGCAUGGGCUGUCCUUCUGUGCCCUCUCAGAACAAGGAUAGUCCAAAGUUUUGCUAACAAUUGUGAGAACAAAAUUGACAGUCCUUAUGUGACUUGUGUGAUAGAGCCCUCUUCCUGUCAGAAUCCUCUGCCUAUUCAAGUAGAGGAGAUGGAGCUCUGGUCUGGUCUGGUCUUCAGUCUCAGAGAACUGACCUUGGCUCCCUCCUGAUAGGCAUCCCAGUAGAGUGGUGGAGGAGGGUUCUUCAGAGGAAGGGUUGAUGGAAGACACUUAAUGUCUGUUUUAUUCUUCACCUUAACUCUAUUCCAACACCUCCAUCUUGUCUACCCCUGGAAAAUGGAUUGGAUUUGUGUGUGUGUCUGAUUUGUGAGUGCCUGUGUUUCUUUGCUUGGAAGGGAUGAGAAAUAUUGACCGAGAUUUAUUCGGCCACCAACUUUGAGGACAGAAAGCAUAGGACAGCCUUCCCAACCCAGACCUGAAGGACAUCCGCCUCCCAGAGCUCGCUGAGAGCGAGGGAACAGAGGGGCUUGUUCCAGAAGGGUGAUUUAACAGUGUACUGGUUAGAGUGUUUCUAAGCCAGGGCUUCUGAACAUGUGUUUCCUAAAGUGAAAUAACUCUCGUCCUGCUAUAGAAAGGAUUCGUAGGGAGAUUUUGGGGUUUCAUUGGGCACUACCCGACCCCUGAGGCCUACUUCAGGUGUGAUCACUGGGUACACCUGAGCACACAGCUGUAGCCGGGUAGGAAUCUGAGAUGGCAGCCUCCAGGAAGAAGUUCUUGACUUGCAGAUGAGAGCCAGGCAGCUCUUCCAGUGUAUUAUUGAGGGAUGGUCCACCACUUCAGGGCAGAGGUACUUAAGGGAAGAAGGGAGGAUGUCUCAGCCUUCAGCUGUCCUCUGAUAGCACCUAAGUGGAGGUCUGAGGAGUGUGCACUGCCGAGUGGUCUAUCUUCCUGCUGUCCCACUGACAUGCUAUAGAGCCUGCACCUCAGACCUUCAUCCACUAUGUGGCCCCUGGGCAUCCAUGUGCACAUAACACAGACCCUUCACUGCUCGAGGGUUCUGCUAGGCUGGAAUUUUUCUGUCAUUCAACUCUGGGAAAGAGGAUAUGUUGAGAAAGAUACCCUCCCAGAAAUGCUUUUGGAAGUGGGAUCCCUCCCUGCCACUUGAAGAUGAUGCAUUUGUCCUGAGAGUUGGAAGAAGGACCCAUUACCUCUGUACAUAUGAAUGUGUGUACUGGGUCAGAGCAGGCCCUGCAGACCGAGGCUUCCUGCCUAGGUAGAAGCUGAGAGAACCGAGAUAGAACUGGAUGUGUACAGAUGGCCCAACCAGAGCCACGCUGCCAAGGCCAGGUGUAAGAAGCUCAGAAGCUGGCUGUGGGUAAGGACAGACAGGCUCUGGGGUGGAGAGUAAUACAGCAGCCAAGGGCCCAGGAACCACAUCUCUACCCCAGGGAAUGCACAGACAGCUGCAAAGGCUCCUGGGCCUGAUGCCCCCCUCUGCUGGGGUGGGUUGUUAGCACUGGACAGAUGUCUCAGGUGUGUAGAAGGGGAAAUGAGAAGGUGGGUGCUCAGACAUCAGAAUGUGGAUGUGGGGUUGGCGGGGAGAGUAAUACCAGUUGGGGGGGGGGGGCUCCUGCACCAGGCCAUCCCACCCUGCCCUUGCCGGUGCCUGCCCUUUCUGUGGUCCCCAGAAGCCUCUUGUCAUCAUUUAGCUACUGAUUGUACUUCAUGGCUUGAUGUAGAGGGUUAGAGGAGUGGAUGUCCACACUUUGAGCCUUCCCCGGGUUCCUUUUGCCCCUGCUGUGGCCCUGGGCUCUUAUCUUCCACUCCCCUCCUACCGUGCUCCAUUUUUUUUUAAAUAUACUUAUUUUGCUAUGGGGGAGGGAACUAUCAAAUGGACAAGAUCACUUUUAAUGUAGUUUUUAUAAGAUGUUAUAAACUUGUAUCUUUUUACCAUUAAAGUGCAGUGUAUGUUCCUUCGUGACAUAUUUAGGAUAUUUAAAUAAAAAAGAGCGCUUUUCUACA